AUGCGUUCUUCAGAUCUCGUUCAAGCCAUGGUUCCAGCUCUGGCUACCUUUGUAGCUGCAGCUGUCGACUUGGAACCAUUUUCAAUCUAUGCCUAUGGUCCUGGCGUUGAUGGUCAUCAACUUUUUUCUGCUGGCGUCACUGUAUCCGAUUCCGAGUGUCAGGGUUCUCCUAAUACCACAGCCCUCUCGGACAACAGACGUCCUGAAUGGUCUAACAAGACGCUUGUCGUGCCCGGUCCAUCGUCAUCGUCUCGUACUGUUAGAAUGAUCAACGACACAGCCGAUGCCAGCGACUACAUCUCGAGCUUUCUGCUCUACGGCGCUUUUUUCAUGGCUCAAGAAAAUGGAGAAAUGUUGUCUCUUUGGUAUAGACAGGCUACUGACAUUGAGGGUGUCUAUACUGUUGGCUGGAAUACUUCGAUCUCGUUGCGUUGUGCCGGCUUUCGAUUCUCAUCCUCCAAGUCAUCUGUACACGUCGCCGUCCUCUACCAGGCAUUGGACUCUCCCAUUAUCAAUGGUAUCCGUAAGCCCAAGAAACCAGGCGGUUAUCAGGACUCGGGUGCCGAUAUCGCCUACAAUCUCCAUCAAUGUGAUGAUGUCCAGGUCGUAACACCAAACAAAUCGCCAGAUCCCCGUAAAAAUGGGGAUUGGUGUUUUCCUGAUACCGAGGAGGGUAUUUUGGAGGCAAUACAUAAGGGCGCAAACUAUCUUUGGGCGAAUACUAUUGUAUUUGCUUCGCAUCCAUUGCAGACGUCGACUCGACUCACUCCCGUUCAAGAUGCCGUCCGAGUUAUUGGUCAAGGUCCACUAGUAGUCGACAAAUACGAUGACAAAAAGUUUGUCAACGAUUACUUACGAGCUGUUGGCGGAUUCACCUUGCCGCGAACAUUCACUGCAUCCUCGCUAGUUAAGGUAACCAAGUCGGCUGAUGACAUCUCUUACCCAGUUGUUGCUAAGCCAAUUCGUGGGCGCAGCAGCUUCGGUGUUAAGAAUAUGACAGGACCCGGGCGUCCCGGUCGUGAAGACCAAGCCAGCUUGACGUUGUUGGCUGCCAAUGGCUUGGGCUGGGACUACAAGGAACUUUUACGACAGAUUAUAGGAACUUCAAGCACGUUGAGGACGUUGAGAAGACUCAAGCCUGUAGAGCAAAUAUAG